CAUACUCACUUGUUUACCUACGUCAUCAACAACGGAAAGCGGUUAAGAGCGCAGACGGGUGGAAAGGGAAAAGAACUAGUUAAAUAAGUAAUAGAAGAAUUGAUAAACACAAUGCGCGAAAUUGUGCAUAUGCAAGCUGGCCAAUGUGGAAACCAAAUUGGUGCUAAGUUCUGGGAAGUCAUCUCAGAUGAACAUGGAAUCGACCCCACAGGUACAUACCACGGCGAUUCUGACCUGCAACUGGAAAGAAUCAACGUUUACUACAAUGAAGCUACUGGUGGAAAAUAUGUACCCCGAGCCAUUUUGGUAGAUCUUGAACCAGGUACCAUGGACUCUGUCAGAUCAGGCCCAUUUGGACAAAUUUUCAGACCAGACAACUUUGUGUUUGGACAAAGUGGUGCAGGCAACAAUUGGGCAAAGGGACAUUACACAGAAGGUGCAGAAUUGGUUGACUCGGUGCUUGAUGUUGUUCGCAAGGAAGCUGAAUCAUGUGACUGUCUUCAGGGAUUCCAACUCACACACUCCCUCGGUGGUGGUACAGGAUCCGGUAUGGGCACAUUGCUCAUCAGCAAGAUCCGUGAGGAGUACCCAGACCGCAUCAUGAACACAUUCUCUGUUGUACCAUCACCAAAGGUAUCAGAUACCGUCGUCGAGCCAUACAAUGCUACACUCUCCGUCCACCAGCUCGUUGAGAACACGGACGAGACCUACUGCAUUGACAACGAGGCUCUUUACGAUAUCUGCUUCAGGACCCUGAAACUCACCACCCCCACAUACGGUGACCUGAACCAUCUAGUCUCUGCCACCAUGUCUGGAGUCACCACCUGCCUCCGAUUCCCUGGUCAGUUGAACGCAGAUCUCCGUAAACUGGCCGUCAACAUGGUUCCCUUCCCCCGUCUCCACUUCUUCAUGCCUGGCUUUGCUCCUCUCACAUCUCGCGGUAGCCAGCAGUACAGAGCUCUUACCGUCCCUGAGCUCACCCAGCAGAUGUUUGAUGCCAAGAACAUGAUGGCUGCCUGUGACCCACGUCAUGGAAGGUACCUCACCGUUGCCGCCAUGUUCCGAGGCCGCAUGUCCAUGAAGGAGGUCGACGAACAGAUGUUGAACGUCCAGAACAAGAACAGCAGCUACUUCGUUGAAUGGAUCCCCAACAACGUGAAGACCGCUGUGUGCGACAUUCCACCACGAGGUCUCAAGAUGUCUGCCACCUUCAUUGGCAACAGUACCGCUAUCCAGGAGCUGUUCAAGCGAAUCUCUGAGCAGUUCACUGCUAUGUUCCGUCGCAAGGCUUUCCUUCACUGGUACACUGGGGAAGGCAUGGAUGAGAUGGAGUUCACGGAGGCCGAGUCAAAUAUGAACGACUUGGUGUCUGAGUAUCAGCAGUACCAGGACGCCACCGCCGAGGAGGAGGGAGAGUUUGAUGAGGAGGAAGAUGAGGGAGAAGCUGCAUAAAUGUCUGACGUUGCAGCAUUUGUUUACAUCGUGACAUUGACUCCCGUUUCAUUGAAAAUAUCAUUACAUUGGUAACAUCUUGUUGACAUGCUUUUUAUUGUAUAUUUAUUUGAUUUUAAAAUCCUUUUCUCAGUAUUUACAUCUGAUGUGCUCAAUAAAUUGUUUUAAGUGUGUAAAGUGUUAGAAGAUCUCAUUUUAAUGAAUUGUUUGUGCAAUAAAGAGACUUUGUUUGUGUUAA